UAGCAGCAGAAGCAGCAGCAUCCUCACCAUCAUGGAGCAGCCCAGCAUACUUGUUAGAAUUCUACACUCAAUACCGCAUGUGAACUAUACAUUUCAGCGGGUUAAUGACACCUUCAAUCCGGAUAGCGAUGUUUAUCUUGAGAGCCUGGGCAUAUUAGCAUCAAUACCCGCCGGUCUGCUGAUAUUAUCACUAUUUGGUCUACUAUUAUAUCUGCUGACACGCUGCUGUGAUCGCAAGCCACGCAAACCCAGUGCCCAACGCUGUCAAAGUUGUACGCUGGUAAUAAUUACAUUAAUGACAUGCGCUUCAAUAGGUUUAGGUCUCUAUGGUAAUGAUGAUUUCCAUAACGGUUUGCUGCAAGCAUUCAGUUCCGGCAAACAAGUCGAAGGACUUGUAUUAAGUUUGAAACGACAGACUGAAGCCAUUAAAAAUGAUCUCGAAACAAAAAUGCUUCAACAUCGCAUCGAGGCACAAAUCGAAAAAGUCCAAUACAAUCAAACGGCCGUAAUGCUACUAAUUGAGACAUGCGGUCUGGUACGUGAGAAUACCUCACGUGCGGUCACAAGUUUGGAUAAUAUGGUGCUGUAUUUUAUGAAGACCAAAGGUAGUGAAAAUGAUACAUCGCUAAUGGGUCUGCUGCAUUUGGGUGAACUUUACGAAUCGAUACGAUGGCCCGCCACUUUGGGAUUUCUCACCAUCCUGCUAUUGUUGUGUACAGUCUUGGUUAUAGGUGUGGCCAGACGUUCGCGCUGUGCUUUGAUAUUCUUUAGUGUGGCUGGCCUGUUUUGUAUUAUUUUAUGCUGGCUCUUGGCCGGCGUUUAUCUGGCCUCGUCGGUGGCGGCUGGCGAUUUUUGCAUGCGUCCCCAUGAGUAUAUGUGUCGGCAGGUGGGCAUGCGAAGUCCUUACGUCUAUUUCCUUAACUGUGGAACUUUGCGUAAUCGUUUUAUUUUACGCCUAAAUGAAUCUCGAGAUUUGGUGGAACGGGCCAGAGAAUCUGUCUCUUUAAUACAAAGAAUGAGCCAGGAAACCUAUCCCCGCAUUGAUAUACACAAAACCCUACAAGCCAUGGACAAUGAUUUGGAGGAAACCAAACGCAAUCUCACCGUUUUAUCAGCCACUUUGGAUAGGCGGGCCAUUGAUCGCCAUUACUCUGAGGCCUUAAAGGGUCUGUGUGGUGGCGGUCUAUUGGGUCUGAGUCUCAUGAUGGUGGCCGGUUUGCUUACCUCAUUUUUAUUCACCAUAUUGGUGUAUGCUGAUUCCCAUGCCUGGAUAUAUUUAAGCAAGAGGAGACCCUCUCUCGAUGCGGAUAAAUCCGAAACCGCUCCUUUGUUCCCCUCAAAUGCACCAAGUGCCAAUAUCUCACCCACAGCACCGGCCCAUCACACUGGCACCUUGAAUCGUACCCUGCUGCAUCAUCAACAGGCCCAUGGCAUGGGUGUGGGCUCCAGUGGUACACUGGGUGCAGCGACACGCAGCAAUGGCACCGCCAAUGGACUGAGAACAGGGUUCGCAUCAUACAACACUCAUCACAAUGCUCAUCAUAAAACUAACACUAUACAGGGUGGCGGCGUGGGCAGUGGUGGCAAAUCAUCGCCCUCACCGCCGCCGCACUAUGAUGUUGUGGUGCAUGGCACAAGAUCUUCCUCCGGCCAUCACACACUGGGACGCUUGCCCUCCCAUCAACAAUCCAAUUAUUUAGCGGGACCCAACAACGGCAAAUAUGCCACCCUCAGCAAACAAUGUAAGACUUUGGAAGCCAACGAUUUUUACUGAGAUUCGCUUGCCUGCAAUUCCAAUGCAGGCAGUAGCAGUAUUCGACUUAACAGCAUCACCACAUCCACCAUCAAUGGGUUGGGAAGAAAUUCCAUUAAGAGUAUGUUCGCCUCGGCCACAUUGCCGCGCUCGGCCGGCUCUUCG